GGAACACUCAGGCAGAACAAAUGAGCAGCCGCCGCUCGACUCCCGCCACAGAUGCUGAUAUCGGCACCACAGAGAGAGCUCAUUCAACGAGGAGUCAGAUUACAGGUGAGAGAAUCACCUCGCGCGGAGCCACAGCUGACGAUAAGAGGACAGAGCUGGGAGCUGCAAGAGAGAGACAGACUGAGAGAGAGUGCGAGACCGAGAGUUCUUCUAAAGUAGGAUCUCACUGAGCGUUAGGAGCCAGUUAACACAGACAGCCACAAACACACAGAGCCACCAAGACAGCACAAGAAAAUUACGGACCACAGUGUUGUGGAAGCUCGCAUGGUCACGGUACCUCUCUCAAACAUACAGAUAAGACGCUUCUGAGAUCAUGGACUCAAUCUUGAAGGCAGCGGUGUAUGGGGAUGCCACAGAUCUGGAUGCGUGAGGACCAUGGAGAGCAUGUAUUUUGGUAAUGCAUGUCAGAGUGGACUGGUGCCAGCGCUGGUUCGAGCUCCUCUGCCUGCUGUACCGCCCUCACUGGCCAUGAAACACUUCCUCCCAUUCGCUCUGGACAGCAGCUCCACACUCAGCCUCAUUCCCAGCUUCAGCACUAUGGACUCUGUUCAGAAAGCCGUUUUACAACAUACAUUUGCCGUUCCCGCUGCCUCUAAAAGGAGAGCCGUCGCAUGCAGCGUGUGCCAGCUGAGGUUUAACUCACAGAGCCAGGCAGUGGCCCACUACAAAGGCACCAAACACGCCAAGAAGCUCAAGUCCUUGGAUGCCCCGAAAUGCCUCAAACAGAAGAGCUCUCUGGUCAGCAAGGAAAAUACCAACAAGGAGCUGCAUGAAGGCUACUCUCUCUCGACGGUGCCCAACAACACUGAAGGAAAAAGUGUAAGUCCUAUAGAGCUUGUGGCCCCUUCAUCGCCCUCUUUUUCCCUGAUGUCUGGCCCCGACACGGGCCCCACUGAAACAGAGUCUACCUCAGUAUCAGGAGGGGAGGACGGUCACUCCCUCACACCCAACACGCCUCCAACCGUGGAGCCCGAAUCCGAGCUGAAUGCAGAGACAGAAGAGGAAAAAGCUCUGCGUCUGCUAUACUGUUCCCUCUGUAAGGUGGCCGUGAACUCGGCAUCACAGUUGGAGGCACAUAAUAGCGGCACCAAGCACAAGACCAUGAUGGAGGCACGGAGUGGGAGCGGCUCCAUCAAAUCCUUUCCCAGGCCAGGACUCAAAAGCAAGCUUACUACACCCACUAAAGCAGACACGGGCCUGCAGAACAAGACAUUCCACUGUGAAAUCUGCAACGUGCACGUCAAUUCAGAGACACAGCUCAAACAGCAUAUCAGCAGCAGACGCCACAAAGACAGAGCUGCAGGAAAACCAGCCAAACCCAAGUACAGUCCAUACCCCAAAACACAACGAGGACCCACCAAACAGACACAGGUGAAGAUGCCAACAGUUAAAGACUUGUGCCCACCACUCACAACCAGGAUAAUGCCCUCUCACCUGGCAGCUGUCGCCGCAGCGGCCGCUGCUAUUGGCUCCGCCUUUCCGUUGCGUGCCUGCCAUAACCCCGCCCUCUUUCAGACUCAGUCCCUCCCUGCCGCACUGCUCCGUCCCACCCCUGGGCCAAUCAGGACUGCUCGCACGCCUGUACUGUUUGCCCCUUAUUGACUUUUGAACGAUGACCACUGGUGGACUUCAUGUGCUUGGAUCAUUGCCGCCGCCCCCAGCACCUCGCACUGGGCACACUGCCCGAAUCUAAUGCGUGAUAUCGCAAUAAUUUAAAAAUGAAACACAAACCAGGUAACUAUGCAUUGCUGUUUUCAUGUGACAUUGAUGUUAAGCUAUAAAUAAUCUGCUGAAUAUUUGAUUUUUACAAUUCAAUAUCAUCAUCAUUGCUUAUAAGUACAAGAUUAAUUGGUGAAUUCAAGAAUAAUUUGUGGACCGAUUGACAAAGUUGAGCAAAAUUCAGAAAUUAACAAUAUUCUCCCUUUUAAUUUGGUGACGCCCCACAGGAUGUUAAAUUGGAAUGAUAGAAAGAGGAAUUUACUGAAUAUUAUUAACAUAAAUAGUUACACCCCGAUAGGUAGAACGCAUUUUUUUCCUCAGCUGAUUAAACAAUUUUAAAACAACUUAAAUAUUUAUUAUAUUUAUUAUGUAAUACUUAAUAUUUAAAUUAAAUAUAAAAUAUUAAAACUGAAGUGUGUAACUUUUUCUGUUAAAAUACUUCUUCCUAUCCCUCCUUAAAAUGCGAAGACAACUUUAAGACAUUAGUAGGUCAAUUUUCUCGAAAACUGUAAACAAUGUGUCUCUGUGGCGCUAUGAAAAUUCCUGUUUGUUUUGAGCGACCCAUCCAGCCCGACACAACAACAUUGACUUAACCAGUGGCAUGAGUUUGGGGUGAGACUAUCCAUUUGUUCGAUUAACAGCAGAUGGAGCGCAUGUGGAAAGUUGGAAACAAUGUUUAUUUUUGCAGUUCGGUUCAGUGGCGUUAGUGGCGUAGAAAUUGCACACUUCAGCUUUAAUAAUAUUUUUUAAAAUAAUAAUAUUUAAAUAAAUAGAUUAUAAAAGGUUUAAUAAAUUAUAGCAUUCUGGGAAGUGAAGUGUUCUUCCAUCAUGCUCCAAAAAAUGUCAUUUAAAUUUAAAUUUAUAUACAAAUUUUAUUUAAAUUAUAUACAAUGUAAUAUAGGUAUUAUUUCAAACAUUUGUUGUUAAUGCAAUCUAAUGCUUCUGGAAAUGCCCCAUUUGUUGUGCAUGAAAGAGUAUUCUUGGGUAAUUCAUACUGGAAAAUGCAAUGCAUUAUUAACUACAUUUACAGCAGUUAAAAUAAUUUCAUUCUUUACUACAUUAAAUUCAAAUGACAACUCUGUAUCAUGCUUGUUACCUCAAUUCAAAUCCAAUUUAGAAAUUUAAAAAUGUAAAAAUAAUUCUCAAUUCAACCAUGAAUGGCGCUCAACCCUGUUGACUGAUUUUGGGGGUAAAGUGGAACUUUGUAUUUCUUUGCUGUUUGCACUUUAAGUCCUUUCAGUUGUCAAUCUUCAGUGCUUUCUAGCUGUAUGUGUACUGUACCAGUUUGUGUAUGUAUGCAGGAGGUCGGGGAAAAUAAGUGGGUUAUUUCCAAAGUAGAAUCCUACUGAUUCAUGUCAAAGCAAGGUAAAAAAAACAUAAAAAUAGUGGGAUGUUUGUGAAGCAGAUGAGUAUGUAAAUUUGUAGGAGUGUUUAUGCCUGUGUGUUGUGGGGGUGUGAGUUAACAGGCUUUUCACCUAAAACUGUCCCUGGAAAAAUCUAAUGAAUAUUACAUUAGCUACAGGGGCCAUAAAGCUUGUCUGUCACUUCUCGCAAUGUGAAAAAGAUAAACAAUUUCAAAUAAAGAA